UACCUUUCGCAGCUCCAGUGUCUGGCCAUGGCUCGCACGAAGCAGACGGCGCGCAAGUCGACCGGCGGCAAGGCCCCGCGCAAGCAGCUGGCCACCAAGGCGGCCCGCAAGAGCGCGCCGGCCACGGGCGGCGUGAAGAAGCCGCACCGCUACCGGCCCGGCACGGUGGCCCUGCGCGAGAUCCGGCGCUACCAGAAGUCCACCGAGCUGCUGAUCCGCAAGCUGCCGUUCCAGCGGCUGGUGCGCGAGAUCGCGCAGGACUUCAAGACCGACCUGCGCUUCCAGAGCUCGGCCGUCAUGGCGCUGCAGGAGGCGUGCGAGGCCUACCUGGUGGGGCUCUUCGAGGACACCAACCUGUGCGCCAUCCACGCCAAGCGCGUCACCAUCAUGCCCAAGGACAUCCAGCUGGCGCGCCGCAUCCGCGGCGAGAGGGCCUAAUCUGUCCUUCCGAAGCUUGUGCGAGCGAGCGCGUUUGCUUUCUCCCUCCCAAAGGCUCUUUUCAGAGCCACUUC